CAGUCGGGCGCCUUCAGCUGAGGGGGGGACAACAGGGCGACUUUAUGGUCCUGCUACACAACAAAGACCCGAUAAAGCACCGAAACACUCGACGUGUCACGACGGGAAAUGGACAACAGUAAACGGACUGUGGUCGUUACAGGUUUUGGGCCGUUUGGAGAACACACAGUUAAUGCCAGCUGGGUUGCAGUACAGGAGAUGAAGAAGCUUGGACUUGGCACAGAAGUAGACUUGCAUGUCUACGAGGUUCCUGUGGAGUACCAGACUGUGCAGAGUUUAGUUCCGUCACUAUGGAAGAAGUAUCACCCCAUGUUGGUUGUUCAUGUCGGCGUGUCAGGCAUGGCCACCACCGUCACGUUAGAGAAGUGCGGCAGAAAUCAUGGCUACAAGGGCCUGGACAACAGCAGCUUCUGUCCUGAUUCACAGUGUUGCAUUGUGGGAGGCCCAGACUGUAUUGACUCUGUUAUUGACAUGGAAUCAGUCUGCAAGAGAGUGACUGCCUCUGGACUGGGAGUCGCCGUGUCUGUCUCCAAAGAUGCUGGAAGAUAUCUAUGCGAUUUCACCUAUUACACAUCCCUCUACAUGAGCCACGGUCGCUCUGCCUUCGUCCAUGUGCCUCCUCUCGGGAAGCCGUACAGCGGCGAAGACCUGGGCCGCGCGUUGCAGGCCAUUGUCCGGGAGAUGCUGGAGCUUCUGGAUCACGCCAAGGAAAAGAUUCACUGCCAGCAGCACUUCCACUAAGUGACCUCCCGAAAACCAACCAACCAACCAGCCAGCCAGCCUGCCUCUCCAGCCACGCAAGACAAAUUGCACUCGACAACAAGUAGCCAAGUUCUUUCUUUUUUCUCAUCCUGUUGGAUGUAAUGAAAGUUGCAAAUGUGCAGGGGCGUUAUCACGACGUGCCCCCCCCCCUCGGUUAUGAUGUGAGAGUUCCCGUUACAGUUACUGCGUACAGUGUCGAUUUAUACACAGCAUUACUCCAAAUGUAUUGCACCUUAUAGCGUUAGGGUUUACUGACAUGGUUACAGAAGUCACAUUUGGCAAACCCCGACAUUGGUUCAAUUUGUAAUGCUUCAUUCUUACAUGUCGAGCUUUUUUUUAUCGUAUUAUUGUGUUACCAAAGCCGCAAAGUUCUCGAUGAAUUCAUCACUAACGGUAGUUUAGACCAGUGUUUUUCAACCCCCACGGCACGUUUUUUUUUUUUUUUUUUUACAUUGGAAAAAUCUUGUGGUACAUCACUAUGUCAUACAACCUCGAAGUCUAUCUGAGGAACAAGGCAGGUGUUGCCACACGGACCAAUAUUACAGUAAACAUCGCAUAUAUCGGAUUCAAUUGUUCCCACUGGUUUUGUCCGAUAUAAGCAAAAUCCGUUAUAUGCGUAUACCGGAAAAUGUCCGUUUUACGCAUAUAUCGGAUUUAUAUCCGGUAUAUGCGUAAAUGGGAUUUUAUCCGUUAUAAAAAGGCACUUCCUUGACUAUGUUUCCAAUGUACCUGGACGCGCAGGCAACGCUGCAAAUGACGUCGUAUAGCGGCCUGUCACGAUUCGGCGAAUCGGAGCGCCACGAUGCGGCCAUCCGAUAUAUGCCAGGGAAAUUUCAUGGAAAUGCAUUGGAACGGGACUGGAGAUUUUGUCCGAAAUAGGCGAAAUCUGUAAUGUUAUUAUAUUAUUAUUAUUAUUAUUUUGUUAAAAUAAUAAUAUUACUACCAUUAUUAUAUUAAUAUUAUUAACAACAAUAUUAAUAUAAUAGUAGUAUUAUUAUCAUUAUUUGUAUUACUAUUAUUGUGCUUGUGCUCCUUUUUCCAGGAGUAUUUUGUAAUAUUACUACCAUUAUUAUAUUAAUAUUAUUAACAACAAUAUUAAUAUAAUAGUAGUAUUAUUAUCAUU